AAUUGGAAAGGGGCCAGGCCACGCGUUCUUCGUAAAACCUACAAGAGCCGACCCUCCCCAGUCCCCACCCAUUCGCCCAUUUCCAUUCCUAUCCUAUCCCAAAAUACGAGCGAAGCAAAUCUCCAAAUUAAUUAGGAAUGGCGACCCAAACCCCAAACAGUAACGCUACCCCCUUCAUCUUCUUGAUCCCCACCGUCUAUCUGCUCCUCCUCACCUCCGCCCUCUUGGGUGCAUCCAAUUCGGAGGCGAAUCCGACGCCCAAGGCUUGGCCGGAGCAGUUCCACGCGCUGCUGGUAAUGAACUUCAACGGAACCGUGCAGAUAAACAACCUGUGGUACGACUGGCCGAAAGGGAGGAACUUCAACAUAUUGCAGCGGCAGCUGGGGAACGUACUGUACGACCUGGAGUGGAACAACGGCACCUCCUUCUUCUACACCCUGGACUCCACCAGGGAGUGUCGGAGUGCGCAGAUGGGGGUGGGCAUUCUCCGCCCCAAUUGGCUGGACGGAGCCGAGUAUGUGGGGCAGCGCACCAUCGACGGCUUCCUCUGCAAUGUGUGGGAGAAGGCCGAUUUCAUCACCUACUACGAGGACGUCCUCACCCACCGCCCUGUCUACUGGCUCUUCUACACCGGAAGGGCAGCUCAUGUGAUGACAUUCGAAGUCGGAGCAGUGCUGGAAGACGAGAAGUGGCAAGCCCCGUCUUACUGCUUCCCCAUUCAUAGUAAUUAGUCAGUGCGUAGUAGGCGUAGUAGUAGUGGCGGUGAUGGUGGCGGCGAUGGCGAUGAUGAUGACCAGCAGCUGAGGCCUGAGGAUGAGACGACGAGGUACUGCUGUGGAGGAUUCUCUGCCGCCGUCGUCCCUAUUGCUGCUCUGCUUCUUCUCAAUCGAUCAGGGCGAGCUAAGAGCUAAUGGAAUCCUCAUAUGUCAUGAGUCAGUCCACCCCCCAAUUCUCCCUCUUCUCAUUCCAUAACACUACUAUUACAACUACAACCUUUGAGAGUCUCUGUUUCCGACUUAAUUUGAAGCAGCCAAUAAAUGUUAUAUUUUUUCCCCUACAAUGGAAUCCUUCAUUUUCUUUUGCAA